GAUUCGAUAAUAAUUGUAUUUAGAUAUUUGUUUAGAUAACCGUAUCACAAAAUACAUAUGUUUACGAAAACAAUACAAAAUUUUAAAAGAAAACAUCUUCCUACGUAAAGUUUAAUGCAUAUACAUACUUUCAAAUUCAGAUGGCAAAAAUGUCUAAGAUCAAGAAGCUCACAGGAUCAUUUCGAUAUACGCAAUGGGAUCCCUGCCUGAUUAUAUCACAAAUAAUUGCAAUGCAAUUUAUAAUGUAUCUCACCCUAUGCAUUUUGAUUGCUAUAAUGCAGGACCUGACGGGUUCAACGAGGACACUGGACCAUAUAUUUCAAUACCAUGAAAUACAUGUGAAAGACAAUGAAGGAAGAGCUGUUAUAUUAGCAUUUGUUAUAAAUGCAGUCAUAGGAGCAUACUUAUUAUGGUUACUAGUUGGACGAACAAAAUUAUGUUUAGAUUUCAGUUGUACAUUCUACGGCAUUCACCUAGUCAGCUGUUGGAUGUAUAAUGCGGCGCCUCCCACCACAUUUUCCUGGUGGGUUUUGAACAUAGCCUGUACAGCCAUCACAUGUGUAGCCGGCGAAUUCUUGUGCUUACGGACAGAAUUGCAAGCAAUACCGCUGAGUAAUAUUGGUGCUAAAGUAGACUUAUGAGAGUAAAAGUGUUGAUAGUGGUGACUUAUUUAUUUGUUUAUGUCGCAAGUACAUUAUUAACAUCAGCAAAAAAAAUAAGUACUCAUUAUGCAAUUUUUGUGAGUAUGCUUAAAGGUGUUAAAUAUUUUAGGUCUUGAUAGCAACAUGGUUCGCCACAGUUGGACCAUGUUAUGCCAAAAUGUACCAACUACUGUUGAUGUGUGUUAAACAAAUAGGUAUGUUUUAAGUGUGUUAAUUGAUAUUAUUAUUAAGAAAUCAGGAUAUGACUACUACACCUUGAGACUUAAGAUCGAAUGCCUCAUGUGUGUGUAAUUACAUGGUUUUUGACAACCAAGCCAAUGUAACAGUUCAAAUUCACUGCAGAAAGGCAAUGUUUUAGUUAUGGGUGAUCAAAUUCAAGACAUGAUUGAGAAUGAUUAUGAGAAACUUUGGAAGAACACAAUAAUAGUUACUUAUUAUAUUAUAAUAAAUACUCCUUAUUGGGUUUAUUUGUCUUUGAAUUCAAACAUUAAGUAAUUGUGUCGUAGACCUAAUGUGUUAAUACUAUAAAAAUAUAUUUAUUGUUUAUUUUUUUUAGCCAUAAUAAAGGUUAUGGUUGUCAUAAA